AUGGAACUCUGGAACCACACCACCAUAACAAACUUCAUCCUUUUGGGCCUAUUCAGCAACACACCGUAUGACUUCUUCUUCUUUUCCCUGGUCUUUCUGGCCUCCAUGGCUGCACUAGCCAGCAAUAUUCUCUUCCUCCUUAUCAUCCAGGCUGAUGUGCGCCUGCACAUCCCUAUGUACUUUUUCCUUAGUCAGCUAUCCAUCAUGGACUUGACCAUGAUGUGCACUGUGGUGCCCAAGAUGGCUGCCAACUUUCUUACAGGCAGUAAGAUUAUCUCUCAGGGAGUUUGUGGGGCUCAAAUAUUCCUAGUGGUCAUGGUAGGAGGAGCAGAGUGCUUCCUCCUGGCAGUCAUGGCUUAUGACAGGUAUGUGGCAGUCUGCCACCCCCUGCGGUACCAUGUGCUCAUGAACUGGAAGGUCUGCUCUCUCAUGGCCAUGGCUUCCUGGAUGGGUGGGAUGACAGACAGUGUGAUUGAUGUGGGCAUGGUCUUCAGCUUCCCCUACUGCAGCUCUCCAGUGGUGGACCACUUCUUCUGUGAGGUCCCUGCUGUGCUGCGUCUCUCUUGUGCUGACACCUCACUCUUUGAGGACCUCAUGUAUGCUUGCUGUGUGGUCAUGCUCCUGGUGCCCCUUGGGAUCAUUGUGGCUUCUUAUUCUCAGAUUCUAAUAGUUGUUAUUAGGAUGCCCACCACUGAGGGGAAACAGAAAGCUCUAACAACUUGUUCCUCCCACCUGGCUGUGGUGGGGCUCUACUAUGGGGGUGCCAUAUUUAGUUACAUGCAGCAGACUUCCUCAAGAACACCAGCUAGAGACCGAGCCAUUUCUAUCUUCUAUACCAUCCUCAUCCCAAUGCUCAAUCCACUCAUUUAUAGCCUGAGGAACAGAGAGGUAACGAGGGCCUUGAGGAAGAUGCUGGGGAGCUAG